AUGGAAUCAGUUCAAAGUGACAACCUAUUUAAAAUCAUUAAGCUAAAUGUGAUUGAAUUUGCUAGAAGUUCACAAGGUGGACCCACAGAAAGAACAUUCUGCAUUAAAUGCAGAUACUUGAAAUCUGAUAGACAAAUUAAGAAAAAGAGAACUAGAAUCAGAAAAAACUCAAAUUUAAUGAUCACUGACGAGAUGAUUCGUAUUGAUAAAACACUUGAAUACAUAGUUAAAUUACAAGAUAUUCAUUUCCUUCUAAUGUUUAUAGCAAUGAAUAUUGAAUCACCAACUGAAGAAUCUGCUUCAUCCUAUAUUCCUGGCCAAUCAGACAAUCUUCAGGAAGAAUUUCUGCACAAGCAAUAG